AUGUCUGCUCGCACCCCCCUCCGUCCCGGAGUUUACGCUCCCACCAUGACGUUCUUCAAUCCCGACACUGAGGACCUCGACACCCCGACCAUCCGCCGUCACGCCGUGCGGUUGGCCAAGGCCGGGCUCGUCGGGCUGGUGUGCAUGGGUUCCAACGGUGAGGCCGUGCAUCUGACCCGCGAGGAGCGCCAGACCGUCAUCCGCGAGACGCGCACUGCCCUGGUCGACGCCGGGUUCGCCAACGUGCCCGUCAUCGCCGGCUGCAGCGAGCAGAGCAUCCGCGGCACCAUCGAGCUGUGCGCCGAGGCGGCCUCCGCCGGCGCCGAGUACGCCCUCAUCGUGCCGCCCAGCUACUACCGCUACGCCGUGGGCAAUGACGACACGCUGUACGAGUUCUUCACCGCGGUCGCGGACAAAUCCCCCAUUCCCGUCAUCCUGUACAACUACCCGGGCGCCGUCGCCGGCAUCGACAUGGACUCCGACCUCAUCAUCCGCAUCUCCCAGCACCCCAAUAUCGUCGGCACCAAGUUCACCUGCGCCAACACCGGCAAGCUGACCCGCGUCGCUGCCGCCCUCAACGCCAUCACCCCGCCCUCGCCGCUGGCCCCCGCCCGCAAGCCCGCCGCCUCCCCCAAGCCCGCCGAGAACCACCCCUACGUCGCCUUCGGCGGUAUCGCCGACUUCUCGCUGCAGACGCUGGCCUCGGGCGGCUCGGCCAUCCUCGCCGGCGGCGCCAACGUCCUCCCCCGUCUGUGUGUGCAGAUCUUCACCCUCUGGAGCGCCGGCCGCUUCGCCGAGGCCAUGGAGACGCAGCAGCUCCUCAGCGCCGCCGACUGGGUGCUCACCAAAGCCGCCAUCCCCGGCACCAAGAGCGCCAUUCAGAGCUACUACGGCUACGGUGGGUAUCCGCGUCGGCCGCUGGGUCGCCUGAGCGAGGCGCAAGCGCAGGCCAUUGCCGAUAAGAUCAAGGAUGCGAUGGAGGUGGAGAAGACCCUGCCGGAUGUUGCACCAUAG